AUGGACACCUUCCUCUUCAACAAGACGGCCUUCUCCAACGUCAGCGACGAUGGCGGGCCCGUCGUUAACCCGGAGCUCCAGACGAAGCAGAGAAGCUUCAUGCUGUUCUACGACAUCAUGACCUACGUGAUCCUGUCUAUCGGCGUGCCCGGGAACGUUCUGUCCGUGGCGGUGAUGUGCAGCGCCCGCCUGAGGAAGGCGCCCUUCAGUCUGUACCUGGCCUCACUGGCAGCGGCGGAUACCGUCUUUCUACUCACGUCUGUCGGGCUGCAGAUAUUCCACGACCACGGUCUGAUCCACGCCAGUGACGUGUACUGCAAGCUGAUCAAGUUCCUGGUGCGUUCCUCCGGGUACCUGUCUGCCUGGAUCACCACAGCCUUCACGGUGGAGCGCUACAUCGCCGUCUGCCACCCCAUGCGCAGGAGCACGCUAUGCUCCAUGAAGACCACCAAAAGGGUGCUACUGGGUCUGGCCAUAGUGAUCUGCAGUGUUAGCUGCCUGGAGUUCUGGGCACAGGUGGAGAGGGACAACAUGUGUGAGUUCCGGGAUCCAGAGACGUGGCUCAACAUCACCAUAUACGACAUGGCUGCCGGCCGGCUCAUACCAACUGCAGCCGUAGGGGUGCUCAACACAAUCAUCGCCACUACGGUGCUUCGUUUCUCUAUGUUUAUUCAGAUCACCAUCGUGCUAUUCACAGUGUCCACCACUUUUUUCGUCCUGACGGUUCCGCAGUCUAUCGUGGUUGUGUACGACCUUGCCUCACGUACUAUGGACGACAUCGACGAGUUUACGUUCUUCCGCAAGCAGGUCAUUGCGUUCACCUUAGGCUUGAUGUUCAAGCUCAACUUCGCUAUUAACUUCAUCCUGUAUUCCCUCACGGGGAGGCGCUUUCGGGAGGUUGUCGUGGAUGUGUUGUGCCGCUGUCGUGGUAUGCGCCGACCGUCGUACGAAUUGGAGGAACAGGCGACCAACCCGGUCCAGACGGCGGUGUUCGCGAAUAUGCCUGGGACCAGAGAGCUGAGCGCGUUCGAUCGCCGCCGCUACAUGACGUCGCGAACGCCGUUCCACUCCCAGGUCCUGCACAUGACCGCUAGUGAUGAGAGAAGAAUCCACAGGUCAAGUGCAAGUUCAGCGAACGGGCCUGAAAAUGAUAUAACUGAAGUGUAA